GCGGGAUAUAUUCUACGUUCUGAACACGUUGGAGAAGUCAGGAAGUUUAGUAACAAUACAUACAUUUUUGGGAACUUUAGACACUACGGGCGUUUAUUUUGGUCUUAAAAUAAAAAAUGCCGUCUCUAAAUGGGAAACCGGACGUCAUAUUUGAGGAAGAUGACUUGCCUUAUGAGGAGGAGAUCAUCAGGAAUCCGUACUCGGUCAAGUGCUGGAUGCGUUACAUCGAGUUCAAACAAAAUGGCACAAUGUCCAUCCUCAACAUGAUAUAUGAACGAGCUCUGAAAGAGCUACCUGGCAGUUACAAGUUAUGGUACAACUACCUGAGAGAGAGACGGAAACAGGUCAAAGGGAAGUGCAUCAUGGAGCCAGCCUACGAGGAGAUCAACAACUGCCAUGAAAGAGCACUGGUUUUCAUGCACAAGAUGCCGAGGAUAUGGCUGGACUACUGCCAGUUCCUGGUGUCUCAGUGUAAGAUCACCAGGAGCAGACGUACAUUUGACCGAGCGCUCCGAGCCCUUCCCGUCACUCAGCACCCUCGCAUCUGGCCCCUGUACCUCCGCUUUGCCCGGAACCUGCCACUGCCUGAGACCGCCAUCCGUGUCUACCGCAGGUACCUCAAGCUGUCCCCAGAGAAUGCAGAGGAGUACAUAGAUUACCUGCGUUCCUGCGGCAAGCUGGAUGAAGCAGCGGUGCGUCUGGCAGCCGUUGUCAACGAUGAGAGCUUUGUGUCCAAGGAGGGAAAGUCUAACUACCAGCUAUGGCAUGAGCUGUGUGACCUGAUCUCUCAGAACCCAGACAAGGUGAACUCUCUGAAUGUUGGGGCCAUCAUCCGUGGAGGCCUCACUCGCUUCACAGACCAGCUAGGCAAACUCUGGUGCUCCCUGGCUGACUACUACAUCCGCAGUGGACAUUUUGAAAAGGCUCGUGAUGUGUAUGAGGAGGCCAUCUUGACGGUGGUGACGGUGAGAGAUUUCACCCAGGUGUUCGACAGCUAUGCCCAGUUUGAGGAGAGCAUGAUCGCUGCCAAGAUGGAGACUACCUCCGAGUUGGGGAAAGAUGAAGAAGAGGACAUAGACCUGGAGCUGCGUCUGGCUCGCUUUGAGCAGCUGAUUGCCCGCAGGCCCCUACUGCUGAACAGUGUGCUGCUGAGACAGAAUCCCCACAAUGUCCACGAGUGGCAUAAGAGGGUCAAACUGUACGAGGGGAAACCACGACAGAUCAUCAACACCUACACAGAGGCAGUUCAGACUGUGGACCCUAUGAAGGCAACAGGGAAACCCAGCUCUCUCUGGGUCUCCUUCGCCAAGUUCUACGAGGAGAACGAGCAGCUAGACGACGCGCGGACCAUCUUUGAGAAAGCCACCAAGGUGAACUACAAGCAGGUUGAUGACCUGGCUGGCGUGUGGUGUGAAUACGGAGAGAUGGAGCUACGCCAUGAGAACUACGAACAGGCGCUACGUAUACUGAGGAAAGCAACUGCCAUCCCGUCCAAGAAGGCGGAGUACUUUGACGUGUCAGAGCCCGUGCAGAACAGAGUGUAUAAGUCUCUGAAGGUCUGGUCCAUGCUGGCUGACCUGGAGGAGAGUAUGGGAACCUUCCAGUCCACCAAAGCGGUGUACGACCGCAUCAUUGACCUGCGCAUAGCCACGCCCCAGAUAAUCAUCAACUACGCCAUGUUCCUGGAGGAGCACAACUACUUUGAGGAGAGCUUCAAGGCGUAUGAGCGCGGCAUCGCCCUCUUCAGGUGGCCCAACGUCUAUGACAUCUGGAACACCUACCUCACCAAGUUCAUCGACCGCUACGGGGGCAAGAAGCUGGAGAGGGCCCGGGACCUGUUUGAGCAGGCGCUGGAUGGCUGUCCAGCCAAGUUCGCCAAGACCAUCUACCUGCUGUACGCCAAACUGGAGGAGGAGUUUGGGUUGGCGCGUCACGCCAUGGCAGUGUAUGAGAGAGCCACGCAGGCGGUGGACAACACGGAGAGGCAUCACAUGUUCAACAUCUACAUCAAGAGGGCUGCAGAGAUCUACGGCGUCACCUACACCAGAGCGAUCUACCAGAAAGCCAUCGAGGUGCUUCCAGACGAACACUCCAGGGACAUGUGCCUGCGCUUCGCUGACAUGGAGAGCAAACUGGGCGAGAUCGACCGGGGCAGAGCCAUAUACUCCUACUGCUCUCAGAUCUGUGACCCAAGGAUGACGGCCACGUUCUGGCAGACGUGGAAGGAGUUUGAGAUCCGCCACGGGAACGAAGACACUAUCCGGGAGAUGCUGAGGAUCAAGCGCAGCGUCCAGGCCACGUACAACACACAGGUCAACUUCAUGUCCUCACAGAUGAUGAAGGCCACCACCAACGCCACCAUCUCAGACCUUGCCCCGGGCCAGCUGGGGCUGGAUGAUAUGAAGCUGUUGGAGCAGCAGGCCCAACAGCUGGCCGCCGAGGCUGAACAGGACAAACCCAAACUCAAAGAGAAGAUCCUCUUCGUCAGGAGUGACACAUCUCGCAGUGAGCUGGCUGAACUGGCUAAACAAGCCAACCCUGAUGAGAUUGAUAUUGAUGAUGAUGAUGGUGAUGAUGAAGACCAGGGCCCAGAGGAGGUGCAGCUGGAACAGAAGAGUGUCCCCACUGCUGUCUUUGGAGGGCUGAAAGAAGGAGACGAUUGAAUACAGAACGUUGGGAUGGUAUCUGUCCCACAGACAUGGCAUCACAGACGAGCUCCAUGGUCUACGAAUGGAGCCUUUUCAACCCCUGUAAAAUGUAUGAUGAAAUUAGAUUGUAUGGAAUGUGAACUUUUGUCGUUGAUAGCAAGAAAGAGUAUGUGAACCCUUUGGAAAUACCUGGGUUUCUGCAUAAAUUGGUCAUCUAGGUCACAACAACAGACAAACACAGUCUGCUUAAACUAAUAACACACAAACAAUUAUACGUUUUCAUGUCUAUUGAACACACCACAUAAACAUUCACAGUGCAGGGUGGAAAAAGUAUGUGAACGCUUGAAUAUAAUAACUGGUUGACCCUCCUUUGGCAGCAAUAACCUCAACCAAACAUUUUCUGUAGUUGCGGAUCAGACCUGCACAACGGUCAGGAGGAAUUUUGGACCAUUCCUCUUUACAAAACUGUUUCAGUUAAGCAAUAUACUUGGGGGGUGUGAACUGCUCUCUUGAGGUCAUGCCACAGCAUCUCAAUCGGGUUGAGGUCAGGACUCUGACUGGGCCACUCCAGAAUGCUUAUUUUCUUCUGUUGAAGUCAUUUACUUCUGUGUUUUGGGUCGUUGUCCUGUUGCAUCACCCAACUUCUGUUGCGCUUCAAUUGGCGGACAGAUAGCCCAACAUUCUUCUGCAAAAUGUCUUGAUAAACUUGGGAAUUCAUUUUUCUGUCGAUGAUAGCAAGCUGUGCAUUCCCCGAGGCAGCAAAGCAGCCCAAACCAUGAUACUCCCUCCACCAUAUUUUACAGUUGGGAUGAGGUUUUGAUGUUGGAGUGCUGUGCCUUUUUUCUCCGCACAUAGUGUUUUGUGUUCCUUCCAAACAACUCAACUGUAGUUUCAUCUGUCCACAAAAUAUUUUGCCAGUAGCGCUGUGGACCGUCCUGGUGCACUUUUGUAAACUUCAGACGUGCAUGAAUGUUUUUUUUUUGACAGCUGUGGCUGCUUCCGUGAUUCCUUCCAUGAACACCAUUCUUGUUUAGUCUUUUAUGUAUCGUUGACUCGUCAGAUGUUAGCAUGUUCAGGAGAUUUUUGUUAGUCUUUAGCUGACAUUAGGAUUCUUCUUAACCUCAUUGAGCAUUCUGCGCUGUGCUAUUGCAGUCAUCUUUGCAGGACGGCCACCCCUAAGGAGAGUAGCAACAGUGCUGAACUUUCACCAUUUAUAGACAAUUUGUCUUGCCGUGGACUGAUGAACGUCAAGGCUUUUAGAGAUACUUUUGUAACCCUUUCCAGCUUUAUGCAAGUCAACAAUUCUUAAUCUUAGGUCUUCUGAGAUCUCUUUUGUUCGAGGCAUGGUUCACAUCAGGCAAUGCUUCUUGUGAAUAGCAAACUUUUAGUUUUUUAUAGGGCAAGGCAGCUCUAACCAACAUCUCCAAUCUCGUCUCAUUGAUUGGGCUCCAGGUUAGCUGACCCCUGACUGCAAUAGCUUUUUGAGAAGUCAUUAGCCUAGGGGUUCAUACUUUUUCCAACCUACACUGUGAAUGUUUUAAAUGAUGUAUUCAAUAUAGACAACAAAAAUACAAUAAUUUGUGUGUUAUUAGUUUAAGCACACUGUCUAUUAUUGUGACUUAGAUGAAGAUCAGAUCAAAUUUGAUGACCAAUUUAUGCCGAAAUCCAAGUAAUUCCAAAGGGUUCACAUACUUUUUGUUGUCACUUUAUGUUGUCGACUGAAAGUGUUUUGCUCUACAUUCAUAAAUUGUCAAGUCUGCACUAGAUCAGUGAAUAAAAAUGAGAUUUGUGAAUAAAAUUUAAAUGCUCCUUAUUCUAAAAACAAUGUAAAUGCUCCAUUUCCUUCUAAACAUAAGGACCAAGGCACGCUUCAUAAAGUUAAAAUGUUUAAAUUACGAUGGCAUGUUCAAUAGAACAAAACUGUAAAAAAAUGUGUUUUGGCACUAGUUUUGUCAGGUAGUUUUUAAGAUUUUCUAUUGAACAUGCUCUGUAUGAGGGCCUUGGUCCUCCUUGUUCUUUAUGUCAAAUUAACCUCUUAACCAAAGAGCGCCUUCGACGUACAAAGAUCUACUAGUAGUGUAUCCUAGCAGUGCUGCCUAUUCUUUUUUUUUCCAACAAAUGCUCCUUGAUGUAGUGAUGCAUUAAAGCAAAACUAGCAUUGGCAACACGGUGGUACUCUUUCUACUGUUGAAAUCACUGUUUGCUACAGUAUUGUAUUUUUAUGGAUCCCCAUUAGCGUAGCUACUCUUCCUGGGCUCCAGCAAAAUUAAGGCAGUUCAUACAAUUUUAAAAGCAAAACAAUACCCCUAACAAUGCCCCUACUCCACCACUACCACCCCACACUUGUGCAUAUUUUUGAGUAUGUCUUGGCAUUGCGAUUAUUUCAACCCGCAUGACAUUUGAGUCUGUUCACAAUGGUUCUAUGAAAUUGAUGUGUAAACUGCUGACAUAACUCUUACUGUAAGUCCAACACCAUGACUGACAGGGUCUGUGCAUUAGUGCUUUUCUGCAGAAAGAGAGAGGAGUUUACUGACCUAGAAAAACAGGGAGUAAUUACGCUGGGUGAAUAGGGAAUAUUUAAUUGAUACUGGAGCUGGGAGUUGUAGUAAGCAACAAGAGCCAUAUUUUACAGCCUUGUCAUGCUCCCUGGCUUAUUGUUUUUGAUUAAAAACUGUUUAGCACUUACGCUAGCUGGCAUUCAAAAAUUCUUAGGAAUUAGGAAAACACGUUGCAUCCAAGACUGGGUCUGAGCAGUAUGUUGUGUAUUGUAGCCCAAAGUUAUAUAAUUUAAACUUCCACCUAAACUAACCCUUAAACCAUUUUUUUACUGAUUAGUUUGUAUUGUUAUGGAGGGAAAUUAAUAACCCUAGAACGGAAAAAGAAAUAGACCUAGCAUUCUCUUCCAUCUUCUGUUUUUAGUGAUCGAUUAGUUAUUCAGAGAAGGGAAUAACCCUGGAAUGGAAAAUAAAUAGGCCUUAGCAUUCUUCUCUUCCAUAAUUAGAUUAAAAUAGUUGAGGUAGUCCUCUCACAAGCUACGUCCCAAAUGACACCCUUUUCCAUACAUAGUGUUUUACUUUUGAUCAGAGCCUUAUGGGCCCUGGUUGGAAGUAGUGCACUAUAUAAGGAAUAGAGUACAAUUUGGGACGCACACAAUGUUACUGCUGAGGGAUGCUGAAAGAGCUCUUGGAACUUUCAAGGCCUUGAUGUGAUUGGGAGAUCUGUGUGCCGGCUGAGAAUUCUGUGUUUUCUGUGUGGAAAAAAAAUCAAGGCAUAGUCUCCUAUUUCAAAUGUUUAUUUUUGUACACUUUGGGGGUUUGUGGCAGUCCAUGUGUUUUAUUUUGAUAAAAGUUGCUUAUAAUUUGAUGGGCUACUUUUUGUUCAACACCCCACAGAGUAGGCCUACUUGCAUUAUAAUUUAUCGCACCUAGGCCAUUUAUGCACCUGUUUAAUUAAAACGUAAAAGCCUACAUGGCAUAUAAUUCUCAAAAUG